UGAGAAAAAGGUUUGCUGAAUUCACAGAUCAAAUACCAGCUCUUAGUUCGAGUCAGAAGUUCUAUCUCCUGCUCAAAUGCCACUUUUGCUGCAUCUGUUGCUAGCAGUUUUCAUCCCAGGUGGUGACAAUGAGCACGCUUUCCAGGGUCCGACCUCUUUCCAUCUCAUCCAGAUAUCAUCGUUUGCCAAUAGCACCUGGGCAAAAAAUCAAGGCUCAGGUUGGCUGGAUGACUUACAGAUUCAUGGCUGGGAUAGUGACUCAGAAAAUGCCAUUUUCCUGAAGCCUUGGUCCAAGGGCAACUUCAGUGAAGAGGAGGUGACUGAACUUGUGGAGCUAUUUCGAGUCUAUCUUAUUGGAUUCAUUCGGGUGGUACAGGAUCAUGUCAGUGAAUUCCAGUUGACAUAUCCCUUUGAGAUCCAGGGCAUAGCAGGCUGUGAGCUGCAUUCUGGAGAGGCCACAGUAAGCUUCUUGAGGGGAGCUUUAGGAGGAUUAGAUUUUCUAAGUCUCAAGAAUAAUUCAUGUGUACCCGCUGCAGAGGGUGGCAACAGAGCACAGCGGUUCUGUACAAUUUUCAUUCAAUACCAAGUGAAGCCUAAAGCUUGGCUUUCCAGUGGUCCCACUCCUGGUCCCGGACGUCUGUUGCUUGUGUGCCAUGUCUCAGGAUUUUACCCCAAACCUGCAUGGGUGAUGUGGAUGAAGGGUGAGCAGGAGCAGCCAGGAACUCAUCAAGGUGACAUCCUGCCCAAUGCUGAUGGGACAUGGUAUAUCCGAGUAACUCUUGAUGUUGUGGCUGGGGAGACGGCUAACCUGAAUUGCCGGGUAAAGCACAGCAGUCUAGGAGGCCAGGACAUCAUCCUCUACUGGGGAUAUCCUACCUCUACUAGUGUGAUACUUUUGGCAGUGAUAUUGCCUACCUUGAUUCUUUUAAUAUGUCUUGCAUUAUGGUUUCUGAGACACAGGUCAUAUCAAAAUAUCCCGUGAGAUUUUAUCAUGUCUCCUUUCUCAUUUGGAAUAAGUUCUCAGAAGACCAGAAACUCAAUUGUCAACCCAGAAGUCAAUCUCAUCAUAUUUAAUCAAAUAAUCAUAUUUGAUCUAUUCAGAGUUCCCAUAAAUUUUGAGAUAUGUCAAAAUUUAUAUACAGCAGAAAAAUAAUUAACAACUGUGAAUUUAUUAUAAGAUGGUGUCAACAAUAGCUUUCACCCAUUUCAUAGAUGUGAGAUGUGAGAAACACUGUAUCUCAGAAUAAAUAAAGUACAAAUGGUCGCUGACUUACAUUUUUUUAAUUUUAUAAUAUUGUGAAAACAAAACACAUUCAGUAGAAAUGGUACAAGAAUUUUGAUUUUUUUUCUGGGCUACAAAUAUGCAGUAUGAUAAUCCUCCUAUUGUUGGGCACUGGCAGCAAGCCUAGCUCCCAGUCAACCACAAGAUCAUGAGGAUAAACAACCAAUAGUCUAUAGUAUGUUAAAUGAUUUUACCCAAGUAUAAGCCAGUAUAAAUGUUCUGAGUACAUUCAGGGUGGGCUAGGCUAAGCUGUGAUAUUCAGUAGGUUAGCUGUAUUAAUUGCAUUUUUGACAAAUGUGUUUUCUUUUUGUUUUAAGAUUGUACUUAUUUAUUUUCAGAUAAAAUGGGAGAGAGGGAAACAUCAGUGUGUGGUUGCCUCUUGCACACCCCCUACUGGGGACCCAGCUGGCAACCCAGGCAUGUGCCCUGAUUGGGAAUCAAACCUGUGACCCUUUGGUUUGCAGGACCGAGUUCAAUCCACUGAGCUAUAUCAGCCAGGGCUGACAAACACAUUUGUGAUUUACAAUGGAUU